AAGCAUGCAUAUUAAGCCGCGCCUGUAUCUCACGCAUGCAAGUAAAUGAUAGGCGCCUGUUCCUUCAAUUUGAGUAUUCAUCGUAAGUAGAAAAUGUCGUCCGCUUGUAAAAACGACCCCUUGCGCCGGGGCCCGAAAAUUUCCAUCUUGCUACUAUCAAUUAUCAGUUUGACAUGUCUCUGUCCAACACAACUCUAUCCACUGCUAUCUCUGACCAUAUCACAUCGACAUACUCCACAGGGAACAGGACAUUUACCACUACUCAAUCUUCUACUCCUACCCAAACAAAUGGGUCUUCUGGCAGCAGGCCCGUCGGAGGUUAGCAAUCUUAAUUCUCCCAGUGUUUUCUCCCUAGGCAUUACCAUCGCGCUUGCAGCCUUUCUGACUCUGACAACCGCUUAGGCUUCAGUACAGGCGGAAAGAUUGGUUGUGCGCUCGGAGCU